CAAUUAAUUUCCAUAAACUAAGCCUCGAGUAGUGGAAAACAUGCUGAAUUCCCUAUUUAUCAAUGACAUCCGGUGGCUUUCUGCGGUGUAAGAAGGUGAAGCAAAAAUUAAGCCUUUUUUUUGUUUUAAUUAUUUAUAAUAUGUGAGAUAUCAUUCAUUCAAGAUAAAUAUAUAAAUGACGCAUGUUUUAUCAAUCCAAGAAAUUUGGCUUCAAGUAUAAUAAUAUGAAGAUGAAAGUUAGUCUUCCAAAUGAAGUUUUAAUAGAUAUAUUUAAAUUUUUAAGUGAAUAUGAAAGGAUUGUAGCCCGAAAAUCACUAAAGUUAACAUGCAAGUUAUGGUAUAACACUAUUGUUUCUCUUUAUGGUGAAGGUAUACAUGUGUGUCUCGAUAACAAGACGCUAUACAGAUUUUAUGAUGACCUUCAAAUGAACCCUACUAUAGGGUAUAAAGUGGAAGAACUGCAUUAUAUGUCAAAGGGUCAUGACAUGAGAAAACUGGAAAAUUUCCCGCAACAUUUUGUUUUCCAAUCUAUCAUCAAGGCCUGUCCCUAUCUCGUUGAACUCUCCUUCCAUGUCAGUACGGUCUAUUCUCACUUGAAAGCUAUUCGUUAUAGAACCUUGAAGACGCAUAGUAGUAUUCAACGUCUUCAUGUACAUAACUUGCAGAGUUAUUCAUUAUCAACCAAUAGGCUCUAUAUCGACUUGUGCAUGACCUUGAAGGAAUCUUUAACAUUAUUUGAAAUCCUAUCACUGACGACCUUCGAAGCGGUUGUAAAGUAUUAUAAAAGUAUUUAUCAUUUCAUCGAGGGACUGCGUUCUCUAAGACACCUGAAGAUUGGCUUUGAUAAUCACUCUCAAACAUACACGAUGGUCUAUCCACGAAUGAAACUUGACUAUUUACUUGAAGAGAAUAAGGGAUUAAGAAGAAUUGAAUUGGAAGGAUUUAAACUUAUCCAAUGUAGUAGUGAUAGACUCUUGUUAAAUCGCUAUAGUUCAAUAACGAUGCUCACAAUACGGGCAUGGACUUUAGAAUUCGCUGUCUUACAAUUCAUCAUGUCUCGACUCAAGCAACUCAAUUAUUUAUCAUUAUAUGCCUUUAAUAUUAUCAAAGUGAACAAAGACCAUGACAAAUUUAUUAAACAGUUUACCUACUAUUUAGAAAAGAUUAAAACUGUUCAUGUACAUUUCAAGAUUGAUGGUGUCUAUCUUUUACAAAAUACGGAUUGAAGAAAAAGUCAAAUGUACUCAAUAGUACAUAUGUUUAUAUUGAUGUUUUUUUUAUAAUCUGGCAAAGUAAUAAAGGUGUACUCGAUUAAACAAAUACUAAGGUCUUUAAAAUCAAAUAGAUGAGUAAGAUACACCCUCACGUAUGACUUGUAUAUACACAUAUAUAGUUUGUAUACAAACACAUUCUUUCUACUUGAACCAUUAGUAAUACGAGGAAUGAUAUUUAUAUAGUCUAUAGGAUACAGAAGAAGAAAAACACACUGUGAAGAAAUCUUUUCUUAUAUACACAUAUUAACAUUGAUGAACAAG